UUCACGUGCCCAACAGGCUCAGCGACGCCUUAAGAGACAUGCUGCCAAUCAACCAGAGAAGCUAUGGCCAAACGCCACAGUUCCUUACGUCCUGGACGUAAAAUAUAGCAACUGGCAGAGGAAUAAGGUCGUAUCGAGCAUGAAGAAGAUUGAAGAUGUCAGUUGUGUCAAGUUUGUACCUAAAACGAACGAAGAAACUUUCAUAAAUAUUAUUAAAGGCAGAGGAUGCAAAGCACACAUCGGUUAUAGAGGUAAACCAGUAAAAACUACUCUGGGCAAAAAUUGUCUAACUUCAGCACGCAUAAUUCAUGAGCUAAUGCACGUGCUUGGCUUCCUUCACGAGCACAAUCGCCCUGAUCGAGAUGAAUAUAUUAUUAUAAACUUUCAAAAUAUCCGUAAAAGUUUGAGACACAACUUUAGGAAGUCAAAACGCCAUCAAGUCACCCUUCUAGAUCUUCCCUAUGACUAUCAAUCCAUACUUCAUUAUCGACCUCAAGAUUUUGCCAUCGACAGGUCCAAGAAAUCCAUUCUGCCUGUUGGUGACCAAACCAUUAAGAUUGGAAUGGGGAAAACCCUGAGCGAGUUAGACGUCACGAAACUCAACAAACUCUACCAGUGUUCUGGUCCAGAUGAAGAUUGGCCUAUGAUUGAAGAAUAUGCAGAUCUUGAGUUCACUGACGAAACCGAAACAACCGAUGAUUGAAAAGUAUAAAUUUUCUAUCGAAACUCUCUUGAUUUGCCAAGAGUAAAUGGAAAGCUCACGAAGCAAUACAACUUGAGCCCGUCAAAGCAUUCUUAUUAAAUUACAAAUAUGUUCUAAGCUUUAGAUAUUUAAAAACGAUUUUUAUUCUGUCACAUUUCCUUUUUGGAAAUUCAGAGACUUUAAAAGAACUUUUAUUGUGAAAGUAACACGUGAAGUCUGAACGUUUAAACCAGUUUCAUUUUUAUGAUGAGUCCUGGUAUUAGCCGAAAGGCCUCGUCGGUACUGGAUAUCGUAGAUAUAGUGUGGUUUACACAUUAUUACAUUCUUCAUUAAUUUCACUCGUAACUUCUUAAAAACUUCUUGAUUUACAGUUUAUCUUCUGCUCAGAAGUAAACAGGAAUAGUUGAAUUAUUCUUGCUUCGUUAAAGUAUAUCGAUGAUAAAAAACUAACUAAGAGCUAUUUAUUAGAGAAAUACGGUUAAUAGUGAGACCACCCCGCUUAGGACUUUAUCUAAAUUUGGUCGCUAGGUGAUUUUCUGUUGUAAGUUAUUCAAGUACUCUUUAAAAUAAAAAACGCAAUAGUCCUAAUUAAGUUUACACUUUACAUAAUAUUAUUACAGGAGUGUUAUUUUGAUAUAUUUUGUUAAAGUUAGAUCUGGGGUCAUUUGUUAAGACUUAUUUUAAAAUAAAUUCAACUCGACAUAAUAUUUAAUUUCGAUUAUUUAUAUAUAUGUUUG